AUUCUGACUUUAACGUGUAGCGUCCGCCAUAUUGAUACACAGAGUAACCAUAAUUCGAUUAUAGUUUCAUUUACUGAUAUAUCUGCAUUGCAUAAUGUUAUAACCUUGCAAAUGGUCGUGAGAGGGUAUGACAUAAAGCCAAGAAUAGCUUCAGCCUUCUCCAGUAUCUGUCUGAUAAUCAGCGAAAAUUUGAACAUUGGUAUCCAACAGAAAACACUGUGACUAAAGAUGGAUGACGGUGGAACACUAGACUUUGAAGAUUUGAUGGACACCGGAGACGAGUUUCCAGGUUUUGAGAUCGCCAAAUUUACACCGGCCAAUGACAACCAGGGGAAUGAUGAUGGUGUUCUGAGAACACCGGAACACGAGAAAGACGACGAGGAUUAUCUGAAUGAAAGUAGAAAUAAUCAUAAAGUUAAAGAUGACGUUAGUGACAAAGAGGAGAUUACUGCUGAAGUUAAUAGUGUUGAAGAUAUUGUAAACAGUAUCGAGGGAGUUUGUCCUGAUGAUGUUACUAAGAACAGAGAUAAUGCUAUAAACGAUGAACCUUCAGACAAAAGUGAAAAAACCCUUGAAAAAGAUGAUGUAGAAAUGGUUAUGCUUGAUGAAUCAGGAGACAACAAACCUGAUGUACAGAUUGAGGAGAAGAAUGAGGAACAUAAGGAAGCUGAAGCCCCAAUUGUAAACCACGAUGAGACGGAAGAUAUUAUAGAAAUUACUGAAGAUAAUUCUAACACUGAAGAUAAGGAAGAAGAGCAUGAACCUGCUCAAAAAAAGAAGAAGCUAUUUUUGAAACCUCCAGAGAAGAAGAUGUCAUUGAUGGGCAGUCUAAAGAAGAAGACGAAGGAAGUUGAUGAUGAUGAUGUUGAAAUAACUAAUUGUGAAGAUUCCAACAGAGUUACACCAGACAAAGAAGAUAGUAUAGAUGAUCCUGUUAUUAUUGAGAAUGGUGAUGAUGAUGGAGAAAUGGAGGAAAGAAAGAAUGAAGAAAAAGAUACAGAAAAAGAUGGAAAAAAUGAAAAUAGUGGAGAAGAGGAAGAAGAAGAGCCUCAUCAGCAAUCAUUCCUGUCCUUUUUAAAUCUCAAACCAGGUGCCUCAAAGCCAAAAAAGAAUGAUGAAAUAGAAAAAGAAGAAACUCUUCAGAAAGAGUUCUACUCUAGGAAAAGACUUCGUACUCGCAAAAAGGUAAGUUAUUGUGAAGAUGUCCAGCAAGAUGAUGAUGAUGAAUACAAUGUUGAUGAGGAGGAAGACGAAGAUGAUGCUGAUCAUCAAAUCGAUUAUCGACGUGGAGGCAACCGGAAUAAUAACAAAGUUCGUCGUAAUUCCGGUUCUGCAAAUUACACAAAUGCUUUGCAGAAUUUACUUCCUGGAGUUGACCUGAGCUGCCUACAGCGUAAACCAGUUCAAAUUAGCCCAAAUGCAAAUAAUUUAGCAUCAACACCUCUUAUUAUGGAAGGUUUGAAAGCACAAAGUAACAUUAAGGGUCUGUUUGAAUGUGGGCUAUGCGGGGUUUUCUUUAAUACAGCAGCUCAGUUUUUAACUCACCAACAGGCAUUACAUGCGGGACAAAAGAAAAAUGGACGAUCAGCGAUGGAGACUUUUAGGUGUGAAGUUUGCGGAUUUGUUUUAACAAAUAGGUUUGCUUAUUUAGAACAUAAGAAAAUGAAACAUAAUAAAAGUGGAACAGUAUAUAGCUGUAGCAAAUGUAAGAUUAACAAAUUUACAGAUUUAACAGCAUUGCAGAAACAUCAGCAGGCUUGUGGGGUGCCAUUCUGUUCCACAUGCGGAGCAACUUUUAAAGCUUGGGUAGACGUGGCAGACCAUAGAAGGAAAGCCCACCCUCCUGUGACCCCAACACGGCAGUGGUUGAAUUGUGGGAACAAGUUGUGUAAUUUCAAAUGUGUUACCCAGCACGAGAUGAGGCAGCAUAUUCAAACUAAGCAUGCCAUCGGGGAAACAUUCACGUGUAAUGCUCCCCGCUGUACACUCAUGUUCAGUUCAAGGGAGAAAUUAACCGAGCAUAAAAAAGAAGCGCAUGCGUCCGAGUUUAUCGUGCAGUACCAGUGUAUGGAAUGUAAAAACUGUUUCUCCAGUAAAACCCUCCUGGCUGAACAUCAGUAUCUACAUACGUUAGAAAAGUUACGGAAGUGCGACUUGUGUUUGCGGCAGUUCACAAAUGUGAAUGACCUACGUAAGCAUAAAGAUGUUCAUGCCGUAAAAGGCACCUCAAGGUGUCAAGCAUGCCUUAGAUGGUGUUUUGACAAAAUUGAGUUAGUUAAUCAUGUAUGCGCACAAAAGCGACGAAAUAUCGGAAUUCGCCUCUACUUUUGCGACGUAUGCCACAAAGACUUCCGGUCUGACGAGAAAAUGUUUCUGCACAGAAAAGAGCACAAGAAUUUUUUCCAGUGUGGUAUUUGCUUAUCAGAAUUCCAUAAGGAGUCUGAAUAUUUUACCCAUCGAGAAAUACACAGCAAGUUCACGUGCAAGGAAUGCUGCGAAGAGCUGGAUGAAAAAGACGUGGAAAUGCACGCUAAGGCACAUAAGUACUAUAUCAAAUUAGAAGAUAUUGAAAAUAACGGUAAAAAUGAAAAGGCUAUGUUUUUAUGUCCCAAUCUGUUUAAUGCCAUACAAGCCUAAAUAAGAUGGAAACAUUUAAAAAUGACAGCAUUUACAUUUACCUGAUUUUGGUUUAGAACUAUAAUUAUAUAGUUUUAGUUCAUUUAAAGAAAAACAUUUUUUAAUCUUGUAAUUUUGUUAAGUUUAAUGGUACAUGUUGCUAUAACCUAUUAAAGCUGCUGAUUUUUUUAACCCGUAAUUAAAUAAUACACCUCAAAAUAUGAAACUAUUUAUAUUGGAAUAACUAAUUAGUAGACGUUUGAAAAGGAAAAAAAUUCUGACACCUAACUGAAAUAAUUUGGAAAUGCUUUUAAUUCAAAUUUAUUACUUUUGAGGUUUGAACAAAGGAAAAAUCUGAAAAUGAAAAGUGAUAACAAAUUUUAAUUGGAAGUAAAACAUAGUUUUAAUUGAAGGAAUCAGUUUGUCCUGAAGUUUGUAGAUUUAUGUUUAUUUUUGCUAAUUUCCUUUCUUCUUUAUUUUGGAAAAUACGUAAAAGAUUAUUUUUUUUAAGUUAACAAUUCAGCAAUGUAACCAGUUAACUUUUCUCAAGAUCUAAAUGGAGGCAUUGGGCAUAUUAAGAAACAUGCUUUCUAUUCAUAAACAUUGCUUUCUUGAAACAUGUUAGUUUAGUAAAUACAUGGUCACUUCUUGUUUAUGUUAUUGUGUAAAUUGCUAAAUAUAAAAGCAGCAUGCCUCCAGAUUCAUGCUAAUCUAAAGUCAAAUCUUUAAAAUUUAUGUAUUUUAAAGUAAGAUAAUGUGAUUAAAAUAAGUAAUUUACGCAGUCAGUUUAUACAUGUACUAUAUAAUCUACAUAAAUUACCAAAAAUACCUUUAAAUAGGUCAAAAUAUGCAAAAAAUAAACCAUACUGCUUCAGUCAUGCAGUAGAAAAGUGAUGAUGAUAUAUAUAUAUUGCCAAA